CUGAUGAUGUUGUAAGAGGUGAUUAGACAUGAAACUGAAAACCGAACCCUGAUGAAAGAAAGAAAAGUCCCUCCUUGUGGUUCCACCCGGGCAUAAAAGAGAUGAUGAGGGCCCGUCUCUGGGGCACUGCGUCUCAGCUGCACUGAAGACUUUCUGUUUCUGUUCAGAGGAAACGAGCUUCCAGACGAUGAUGGAUCCACAUGUGCUGAAAUUAUCUGCUGUCAGUGUGCUGCUGCUCACGCUGCAGCUCAGCAUCAGCGCCGUGGGCCUGAGGGAACAUCUGGAUGAGUGUCUGAAGGACAAAGACUACGACGAGCUGCUGCACAAGGCGAGGAGCGGCCUCCCCCACAGUAACACAUCUCACCGCGUCGUCAUCGUCGGCGCCGGCGUGGCCGGACUGACCGCCGCCAAGCUGCUGCAGGACGCGGGACAUCAGGUGACCAUAUUGGAGUCCAGUGGUCGUGUUGGAGGACGGGUGGAGACCCACAGGAAUGAAGAAGAGGGCUGGUAUGCCGACCUGGGAGCCAUGAGGAUCCCAAGUUCUCAUCUCAUCGUCCGCUGCUUUGCUGAAAAGCUGGGAGUGAAGCUGAAUAAGUUCAACAUGGAGGACCUCAACACCUUCUACCUGUUCCACGGGCUGCGGAGGAGGACGUAUGCAGUGAAAGCCAACCCUGACAUCCUGAAGUACAAAGUUCCCCCAGAAGAGCGGGGGAAGUCCGCCGAGGAGCUGCUGCAGCAAGCUCUGCAGAAGGUGAAAGAUGAGGUGGAGGCACACGGCUGCAGUGCUGCUCUACGGAAGUACGACCACUAUUCUGUAAAGGAGUAUCUGAUGACGGAAGGUGGCGUGAGUCGCGAAGCGGUGAGGAUGAUCGGAGACCUGCUCAACGAACAGAGCCUCAUGCACCUGGCGCUAACUGAGAUGAUCUACAUCCAGAGCGACGUCAGCGACAGCACCACGUACGACGAAGUCACCGGUGGGUCGGAUCUCCUGACCAACGCCUUCCUUUCUGUCCUUGACGUCCCCAUCCUGCUCAACUCCAAGGUCAAGCGUAUCAGCCAGUCGGAUAAGGGUGUAAUUGUUUCCUAUGAGACAGGCCACCGCAACCCCCUGACUGACCUUUCUGCCGACGUCGUUCUGGUUACGACCACAGCCAAAGCAGCCCUCUUCAUAGAUUUUGAUCCACCUCUCUCCAUCAGAAAGAUGGAAGUCCUGAGGGGGGUCCACUAUGAAAGCUCCACUAAAAUCCUGCUAACCUUCAGCGAGAGGUUCUGGGAGAAGGAUGGCAUCCGGGGCGGAAAGAGCAUCACAGACGGACCCUCGCGUUACAUCUACUACCCCAGCCACGGCUUCCCGACCAAUAAGACCAUCGGCGUCCUGCUGGCGUCCUACACCUGGUCCGACGACUCCCUCCUCUUCUUGGGUGCGAGCGAUGAAGACCUGAAGGAGCUGGCUCUGAGAGAUUUGGCAAAGAUCCACGGGAAGAAGGUCCGGUCUCUCUGCACAGGGGUGCUGGUGAAGAAGUGGAGCAUGGACCCCCAUAGUUUGGGCGCCUUCGCUCUCUUCACGCCCUUCCAGCAUUUGGAGUAUUCCAAGGAGCUGUUCAAGAAUGAAGGCCGGGUCCACUUUGCCGGGGAGCACACGGCCUUCCCUCACGCCUGGAUUGAGACAUCCAUGAAAUCCGCCAUCAGGGCCGCCACCAAUAUCAACAAGGACUCACCCAGAACCAACCACGACGAGCUCUAGGGUUUCACCCUUUUGCUAUGAGAGUGAGCCUCACUAGGAUCCUUCUUCUACCCCUUUGAUUUUCAAAAAAGAUUUUUUUUUGUCAAUAAAUUAAUUACAUUACAAUAUGGCACAAGCACAACACAAGAGACAGUCAGAUGUUCUUCAAUAUGUAAAUGAACCACACAGGGUGUUUGAAACUUUCAGUAGUUUGAAAUGGAAUAACUGGUUAUUUUUGUGUGUCUUUAAUCAGUUGCAAUGUAAAUUGUGUUGUCAUGUAAGGCUUCAUAAGUAUAAAGUAUUUGAAUCUG